UAUCACAAUUUUUAUAAACUUCUAUUUAUUGAUAGGCUUUGGUCAUUCGGUUAUGAAAUAUUUUGUGAUUUUGUGGAGAAAUAUUACCUAACACUUUAAAUGUAGAGACUUUUGUUACAAAUAAUAUGUUAUAAAUUUGAUUAAGUAGGUGUUUCCGGUUUCAUAUUGUGGGCGAUACACAUUUACGCAACAACACUUAAACUUAUGAAACAAAGGAGAAUAUAUGAGCCAAGGAUUGGUCUUAUAAGAAGAAAGGAAACUUGUACAUGAAGGUAUUGUUUUAAUAUUGAACAAUUUAUUUAUGUUAUCCAUAUCUUUAUAUUCAUAGGUUGAAUUUUUUCAUUGCUUUUAAAUUGUCAAGCCUAAUGAGGCUAUAAUUAGACAUGUUGCAACGUGAACGUUCAAUAUAUCAUCAAAAGCUACUUACUAUAGUCAGUUUAGCUAUUGUCGGCAUACUGUUUGGUGUAUUACAGUUUGUAAUUAUGUUUUGUAUUUAUACUUAAAUUAGGCGUGGAAUGAUUUGUUUCGCAAACUUUCAAGACCGAAAAAGCUUGUUAGUUAUUUGUUUUCAGUAUGUUUCACAUGUUCUUUCUUUACUAAAUGAUCCAUUUAAAAUUGCUCCAAAAAUACAAAAAAAUUGAACAAUUGAUGUCGUCAGAUUACAUUUUUUUUUUUGAAGAAGAACUUAGCAAGAAAAUCAUUUCGAACUUCAAAACCUAGAUAGCAUGCAUCGUAUAAAGCAAACCUUAUGCUACUUUUUUGGCAAGUUUUCACCAAAUACUAGUAAACCAAAUUACAUCUCAUUAAUACCGUAGGGUUUUGUUCAUGCCAUUAACUAUUUGCUCUGAAAUGUGAACUAUUUUCUACAUACAUGUACUAGAUAUAUACCUUUAUCUGAUUUUUGCCAAGCCAACAGAGCAGUUUGAAGAACAACUGCAUAAGAUUUUAAAUAACUUCAUUGUUAAAUUAUCAUUAAAUAUCAGCACGAUGAAACUUGUCACAAACUAUAUGUAAUGUUAAACAUUAAUUAGUAAUUCAUAAAUACCUUUCCGCUCAAAUCUUUGGGAACCUAGAGUAUACCUAAUUGUAAUUCAGGUUUCAAACUCGAAUCUGUUUACAUCACAAAAGUAGAAGGGACUCGUUCACUGAUUUUUUUUUGUUCUAACCGCGUCUAAUAUAGUUUCAAUUGUCAAUAGCGUUACUAUCGCAUUUUCUGAAACAGUUUUAAAUAUAUAUGAUAACAUUAUAACUUCAUUUUGAUGAUGUUAUCAUUAAAUAAACAUUUACAAUUAUUUCACACAUAAUUAAUAUUUUCCAUGUCUGACCCUAUAAAACAUGAACGAGCCCCUUUAAGAUAAUCAAAAAGCAAAAAUUGUACGUCAAAUCAACGUUAAAAUAUAAUAUUGGAUCACUUGCAGAAAGCGUGAGUAUGUCACACAUCUGUAAACGUAUAUGGGUGUAAAAAACAUUUUUCAUAUAUUCAUAUAGACAACUUACAAGGUCCAUCGACCAGCUUAAAUGUUUUGUCUAGGUAAGAUGGAGUACCGCUGCACAUGUCCAUCGUCCGGCUUACAGGUUUCUCUAGGCAAGAUUGAGUACCGCUGUACAAGUCCAUUGUCCCGCCUACAGGUUUCUCUAGGCAAGAUUGAGUACCGCUGUACAAGUCUCUGUCCCGUCUUCAGGUUUCGCUAGGCUAGAUUGAGUACCGCUGUACAGGUCCGUUUUUCCGUCUACAGGUUUCUCUAGGCAAGAUUGAGUACCGCUGUACAAGUCCGUUGUCCCGUGUACAGGUUUAUCUAGGUAAGUUGGAGUACCGCUGUAAAAGUCCGUUGUCCCGUCUACAGGUUUCUCUAGGCUAGAUUAUGUACCGCUGUACAGGUCCGUUGUCCGUCCUACAUGUUUCUCUAGAUAUGCUGGAGUACCGCUGUACAAGUCCGUUGCCCCGCAUACAGGUUUCUCUAGGCAAGAUAAAGUACCGCUGUACAGGUCCGUUGCCGACCUACAGGUUUCUCUAGGCAGGAUGGAGUACCGCUGUACAUGUCCGUUGUCCGACUUAUAGGUUUCUACAGGUAAGAUGGAGUACCGCUGUACAGGUCCGUUGCCGGCCUACAGGUUCCUCUAGGCAAGAUGGAGUACCGCUGUACAGGUCCGUUGUCCGGCAUACAGGUUUCUCUAGGCCAUAUGGAGUACCGCUGUACAUGUCCGUUGUCCGACUUACAUGUUUCUCUAGGCAAGAUGGAGUACCGCUGUACAGGUCCCUUGUCCGGCUUACAGGUUUCUAAAGGUAACAUGAAGUACCGCAGCAGAGGUCCGUCCUCGGCUUACGGGUUUCUCUAGGUAAGAUGUAGUACCGCUGGACAGGUCCAUUGUCCGGCCUUCAGGUUUCUGUAGGUUAGAUGGAGUACCGCUCUAUUGGUCCGUCGUCCGGUCUACAGGUUCUCGAGGAAAUAUAGUGUACCGCUGUACAAGUCCGUCGUCCGAACUACAGGUUUCUCUAGGCAAGAUGGAGUACCGCUGUACAUGUCCGUUGUCCGGCCUACAGGUUUCUCUAGGCAAGAUGGAGUACCGCUGUACACGUCCGUUGUCCGACUUACAGGUUUCUACAGGUAAGAUGGAGUUCCGCUGUACAGGUCCGUCGUCCGGCCUACAUGUUUCUUUAGGCAAGAUGAAGUACCGCUGUACAGGUCCGUCGUCCGGCCUACAGGUUUAUCUAGGUAAGAUGGAGUACCGCUGUACAGGUCCGUUGUCCGGCCUACAGGUUUCUCUAGGCAUGAUGAUGUACCGCUGUCCAGGUUCGUUGUCCGGCCUACAGGUUUCUCUAGGUAAGGUGGAGUACCGCUCUUUUGAUACGUCAUCCGGACUACAGGUUCUCGAGGUAAUAUAGAGUACCGCUGUACAGGUCCGUCGUCCAGCUUACAUAUUUAUUCUAGGUAAGAUGGAGUACCGCUGUAUAUGUCUUUCGUCCGGUUUAUAGGUUUGUAUAGGUAAGAUGAAAUAACAUCGAACAGGUCUGUCGGCCGGCUUUCAGGUUUACCUAGGUAAGAUGAUGUACCGCUGUAUAGGUCCGUCGUCCGUUUUACAGGUUUGUCUAGGUAAGAUGAUAUACCAUUGUACAUGUCCGUCGUUUGGCCUAAAGGUUCCUCUAGGUAAAAUGGAGUACCGCUGUAUCGGUAGCUGAUAUGUUUUUCUGGGUAUCAUGGAGUACCACCGUACAGGUCCGUCGUCCGGCAAACAAAUUGUCGAGAUAUGAUGGAGUACCGCUGUAUAGGUCCGUCGUCCGACCUGGCUACAGGAUUUUGAGGUGUGAUUGAGUACCGCUGUAUAGGUCCGUCGUCCGGCCUACAGGAUUUCGAGGUGUGAUUGAGUACCGCUGUAUAGGUCCGUCGUCCGGCCUACAGGAUUUCGAGGUGUGAUGGAGUACCGCUGUAUAGGUAUGUCGUCCGGCCUACACACGUCUCUAAAUAAGAUGGAGUGCCGCAGUUCAGAUCCGUCGUCCAGCUUACAGGUGUCUCUAGGCCUGUCCUGUUAGGGGCAUUUUCAUAUGUUGAGGGAGUUCUGCAGCCAUACCCCUCAGUGUAUUUAUAGGCCCGUCCUGUUCGGGGCGUCCAUAGGCCCGUCCUUUUAGAGGCUUCUUGGGAUGCUUACUAUGGAUUUUUAUUUAAAAAUAGGCCUUAACAUUGUUCGUGAUACGUGUACGUGUGUUGAGAUUAAACCUAUCGAUUAGUAUAUCAUGUAAUCAAACUUUAUUUUUCAAAUUCAGUCUAUUUGUCCAACUAUCUCUUUCAUGGUUAAGGGCCUUGAAGUUUUGGAAGAAACAAGUUUCAGUUUUAAAUUCAAUAGUUUUACAGCGAUAUCCGUUGUCAUUGCAGCUACAUGUGUUUUCCUAAUAAGAACCAAUCAGCGACAAAGUCAAGUUGCCGGAAGCUCGAAAAAUGUCAACAACCGCUAUGAGAUGGCAGAUAGACUAAGCGAUGUGGAUCGUUUCAACAACUUCCUACAAAUACUUAUGCGCUGCUGCGUAAAAGUUAUGAGAAAACUUUUGUCAAAGUUGGUUCAAACGCUUGGAUAUCCAUAUGUGGACAGAUUUCUUUCAAAGGAAAAAACACACAUACAAAGGAUGUCAUAUGCUUCUUCGCCAAAUAUCCAGGCGAUUUUAUUUCCUGAUACACCAACUGAUAUUGAGCAGUGGGAUUUUUCGCUGCUUAAUUGUAUUCUUAACCUUAUCCAAAGGAAGAUAAUUAUCCAGGAAUUCGGAAAUCCUAUUGAUCCAGUGCUUGAGAAGAACAAAGCUCAAGUUACUUCAACACCAAAAGGUAGAGCAUAUGAAACAACGCUGUACCCAACGCUUGGAAGACCAACGGAUACAAACAAAUGGUCCAUGCCAGUUUGCUCUUGUCUUCUAUCAGUGUUGUCGCCAAAGCCUCAGACAUUACUUGUUACAAUAUUGGAAUCGUUAGAUGAUAUAAGGGAACUUAGAAACCGCAUUUGCCAUCCUAAAAACCCUGCAAUGACCUCAUCAGAUUACGAAAGGCAAAUGCCUGUUUUGAAAACCUUUAUUGACGAAGCACUUGCAUACCUUGGAGAUGAUGCUGUUGAAUCUGAAGUAAAGACGGAAAUGUGUGACAUUGAAAAUGGCAAAAUGAAAACCUUUCUUUUGAUUGAUCAAAGUCAUCUUCAACAAUCAUACGACAAUGACAGGGACAUCAUUCAACGAUUAGACAAUAUAGAAAAAGCUGUAAAAGAUAUGCCGAGUCAAGGUGAACUGAAUUUGUUGGUGUUCUUUGGAAGGUUAGCUAAAGAACAAAAAGAACUUCUCUAUGCGAGUUAUAUUGAAACAUUUAAUGAAUGUUUGAAAAGCAGUUUACCUGAGGCAGAAGAAAAUGAGGAAUUAACGCAGCGUAUCACUCUUGCUAGUUGUAUGGCUUGGAGAAUCCUCGACAAUCCAUACGAAGGACGGCGUGUGCUUGGUGUCCGGCGGAAGUGCAUAGAAGUACAAAUUGGCUUUGACAAUGUCGUAUGCAUGUGGAGUUUCAUCAAAGACUUUUUGAAUGGAAGACUGGAAUCGGCAUUUGAGCCAAUGCAAACAUUGCUUAGGAGGCAAGAAGGAUUUGAAAAAUUGGAAUUAACCGUCAACGUUCCGGACAUCUUUUCAGUGUUAAUGCAAAUAGGUGAAGCAGUCGAGAUGGACAUUGGCUCGGUAAUGUAUAUGCUGGAAUUGUUUUCAGACGUUUCCAAUCGGAGGACACAAACUUCACAAGAAGAAGUCCAAAAUGUCAGUACUCAGACUGGGCCAAUCAAGCCUGAUGGACCAGAAGAGACUUUAGUUGAAGAAACAGACCGAUUAGUUGUUGCUAAAUCUAAAACGUUCUCGGAGGGAUUUUCUUUUGACGAAUUUGGAAAACGGGUUAUGACUUCUACAUCUCAAGAAUAUGAAAAGGCCAUUGAGAAAAUAACUAUUGACGGACCUGAACAACAGGUUAAGCCUUUGCAGAUGGAAGGAUCUAAACAGCCGGUAGAGGAAUGCAUGAUAGACGAAUCGAGUGGACAUAGUUUGACAGCGAGUGAAUAUGAAAAGUCUAUGACUUAUUUUUCGACUGAUACGUCUGAAAUAAACAAGGAAUUAGUCAGUCGCUUUUGUGAGCCUUGUUUACAAGAUAAAAUUAAAAAUCAAUGCGUUGUCAAAUGCAAAGAAUGCGACGAAUUCCUUUGCUCUGAUUGUGCCCGGGUACAUGGGAACAUGAAGAUGACCAGAAAUCACAUUUUAAUAGCGAAACAAAGUGAUGAUCUCGGCAGCCUGUCCUUCAUCCCAGCCCCAACCCAAGACUUGACCAGACUGACGUUUACCCAAGCCCCAGCCAUCUCAGUAAAGUCUCCCUCUGACCCGAAGGACUGCAUCCUUACCAGUAUGCUUCUUCUGCCUGAGAACAGACUGCUACUAACUGAUUUGGGUAACCAUAAAGUAAAGCUGCUUGACCUGCAGACCAACAUCCUGGUGUCGCAGGUCAGUGUAAUGCCAGGUGCACCAUUAGACAUGUGUCUCCUUCCUGUGGAUAGGGUGGCUGUUAGUUUAGACGAUGGUAGUAUUAGGUUCCUGAAGACACGGGAACUACUCUCCCUUGGUGAUAGCAUCAAGGUAGCCAUUGACUGUCGAGGUAUUGGUUACUAUAAUGACCGGCUAAUAGCUUCCUUUUCGAGCGGAAAGGUAAAGAUGAUGGACAUGGCAGGGGAAGUGAUAACAAUGAUUUACAGGGAUGACAGUGGGAAACCAGUAUUUUCAAAUCCUCGGUACCUCAUAGUAGUGCUCCAUGAAUACCAAAAAGCAGCCAUCUAUGUUUCGGAUUGUGGCAAACACAACAUCACUAAGCUGGACAUUGACCUGAACAUCCUCCAGAUAUUCCACGAUCCAGCACUCAGAGGACCACAAUGCAUCACUGCAGUGGGAAACCAGCUGCUUAUCUGUGGGAGGAAUAGUGACAAUAUAAUAAGCUUAGAAUUGUCCAGUGAUCAGAUGACGCAACUACUUGGACAGAAGGAAGAUAUACACAGGCCAAUAAGUGUUUGCUACAGUCAGCAACAGAAAAGGCUCUACGUUUCUGAUGCAUAUGGGUUGAGUGAGUUGAAUCGUCCAAUUCAAGUAUUCAGUGGCAAUGAACAAAUAACAGAUUCUCAUGCGUCAUGACUUACCAAGUCAUAUAUCUCACUGCUUUGAAGGUAAAGGGGAUACCGUCUGAGCUACAUCAGAAAAGAGUCCAUGUGAUACCUGUCAAUAUUUCAAAACUACAGAUGCUGUUAUUCAAUUAAAGCAUAAAAACAUUAGGUGUACAGUAUUUUACAGAUAUUUAGUUCCAUGCAGGAUAUGAGACUCAUUUUAAGAGUUAUAACCAUGUUGAUGAAAGUGGUUAAGAAGACUGAAAAUAUACACAUUUAACGAAAUAAAUAACGUGUUACUAAAUUAAUCAAUUUGUUAGGAGUAUAUUUUCUAUUGUCCUUCUUUACUUUAAUAUUAAUUUAGUUAUUCAUUGAGUAACUAAUAAAAUCAGGAUUGAUGUAGAUUUUCGUCUUGUCUAAAGUAUGUGUAACGUAAUGAUCUUAUUAAGGUUUUUCAUGAUAUAAUUAGCUUUUAAUUAAAUGGAUAUUUGUCUUCAUAUUAAAUAUUUAGUAAUUAUCGUUGGUCAUAUUCGAUUGUUAAUGAAUGCAUAAGUGGUUGACAGCCGACUUGGUACAAAUGCACAGAAAUGCAUAAAUUGUCAUGUUAAUUACAAAAACGUAUGUCAAAUUUGCCUCAUAUUCUUGGUAUUUAAGUUGGAUCAUUUUCUAUGUAGAAGGGUAGAGGCCGGUUGACCUCCGGGUUGAGUCCGGCUUGGACUUGAGUUAGGUUUUGGUAAUGAGAUAAAGAACGUUAUAUUGUACCUAGAACUAUAGUAUCAUAUUAAGAAAGAACAUUUUAAAUAAAGAAUGAA